UCUCCGCCGCGCCCGCGCCGCCCCUGCCGGGCUCCCGCGGCUGGCGGGUGGGCUGCUGACUCGGGACACGUGCGAGCCAGAGGGAGUCGGAGCCCUGCGAGGCUGCCUGUGCCAUGGAUUCUAAGGUCAGCAAUGGUUCAGGCCUCCAGGAUGAGCACAUCACAAACUUGCUGGUGUUUGGCUUCCUCCAAAACUGCUCCAACUGUCAUUUCUACAAAGAGCUGGAGGUGUUGGGCCACGAACUGCCCGCGCAAGUUUACCUGCAGGGGGACCAUGACGAACUGCAGACAGAUGGCAACCGGUGCAGCCGCUUCGUGGGAAGAGGGGAGACAGAUUCUGAGAGUCAAGAGGAGAUAAUCCAGGAUAUCGCCAGGCAACUUGCCCAAAUAGGGGACAGGAUGGACCGCAGCAUCCACCCAAGACUGGUGAAUAACCUGGCAAUGCAGUUUAUGAACGUGAACCUGUCAGAGGAAGACAGAAGACAGUGCCUCACUACUGCGCUGGAGCAGGCCAUGCAGACUUACCCUAGAGACAUGGAGAAGGAGAAGACCAUGCUGAUGUUGUCCAUGCUGUUGGCAAAAAAGGUGGCCGAUCACACACCAUCUUUGCUCCGUGAUGUCUUUCGCACAACAGUGAACUUUAUUAACCAGAACCUACUCGCCUAUGUGAGGAACUUAGUCAGAAAUGAGAUGGAUUGAAUGGAUGACUCUGCAAAAGCAUUACUGGUUAAAACUUGGUAUGUUGACAGCAGUAUAGCUGCCUUCAACGGAAAUGAAGACAUUGCCACUUAAAGUUCUUAGACAGGAGAUGCGCAAGAUAAUAGCUAUUUAUUUCUCACUAUUUUAAAGAUGAUGUUUUAAGCUGGUGACCCAUUUAGGAAUCUCUACAUUAAUAUACUUGAAUGAAACUGUCAACUUGCACAUAUUUGAAUGUUUCAUACCAUCUUCUAAAU